AUGUCAACAGGAUUUAAUAAUAUAUAUGUAUGUUAUGAUCUUGGAGUAGCCCGUCUUCAAGAAAUUUUGCGACAGGAUGUAUAUAAGAUUGAAAAUAACAAUGUAAAUGCCAGGCAAUUGGAUAAACAAACAGGUCCAAAGCAUCAACAUAGAGUUACUAAUGAUAAUGAAAAAAAAAUUCUUGAGGAUUUACUUAAAUAUGAUACCUUCCCUGAAGAUAAAGCUACCGAAAUCUUAAAGCAACUUCAGGAACAAAGUAAUGAUUAG